AUGCAAGUGAUAAUACAACCUCCUUUUCCUAAAAGACUUAUCAAAUUCAAAAAGGAUGAAGAUGAGAAGGAACCCCUUGAGCUCUUUUCCAAAAUAGAGAAAAAGUUGGUUGGUAAUGAGAGAACAAGUGUGGGAGAAAAUAUCUCAAUUGUUUCACAAAGGAAAUUACCCCCUAAAUGCAAAGAUCAAGGUAUGCUUGCUAUCUCAUGUAAGAUUGAUGGUAUGGAUGAUAAGAGAGCUAUGUGUGAUUUAGGUGCUUCCAUUAAUGUUAUGCCUUUGUCUAUUUACAAUUCUUUGAAUAUUCCCUUGAACAAGACUUCUGUAAUUAUUCAACUUACUGAUAAAUCUAUGGUUUAUCUUAAAGGUGUUUUAAAGAACAUUUUAGUUCAAGUUGGUGGGUUAGAUUUUCUUACUGAUUUUUAUAUUUUCGAUAUUAAAGAGGAUAAGUCUUCUAAUUUUUCAGACAUAUUAUUUGUAAUACCCUACUAG